UUAUAUAAAUUGGUUCAAGACGCAAGACGCAUUAUCGUCAUGGAUAAUGAUCUCACCGAUCUUAAUAUCGAAUGGAUUAAAGCCCUUUAUAAGGAUAAACUAUUCUCUAUUAUUCACAACACUUUCCAAUCCCAGAAAGGUAAGAUAUUCCGCCUAGCCCCUAAUAAAGAAACAGUAUUAGCCGAACUCUGGGAUUGGGCCAAACAGAUGUCUUUAUUACCUUUUGAGAGUUGGAAAAGCGUAUCACUUAUCUGCCACUUCAGAAAGAAUGUACAAGGGAUUGUUCGUGCUCUUAAGACUGAUUUUCCAGAAUUACGGAUCAAGGAAUAUCAUGGUAAAUCUGAUCCUGUAGAAAAGGCUCAUGAUUUCAGUAACGUAGAAGAAUCAUGGAACAAUGUUGAUCUAGUUGCAUAUACAAGUACUCUAAAAAUAGGCAUUUCAUGUACUAAUCCAAAGUUUGAGCAGGCAUUCUGCCUCUUCAAUAGCUAUAUAAAAACAAAUGCUGGAACGAAUCAGAUGUUAUUCCGUAUGCGAUACAUUAAAGAACUUCAAAAUAGAGGAAUAUUUCCAGAUAUAGACUCUAUCAUCCGGAAUAAAGACGUACCAACUGUUCGAUUAUGGGUGGGUAUGAUAAUUUCCACCAUAAAAUAUAUUUCUAAACCUGGUGAAAAUAAUACAUCAUUAUCUCAAGUUGUGAAGGUGAAUUCUGCUACCAUUAAAGCAGAGGAGAUAUCAGAAAUAACUAAUGCUAUUAUCCUUGAUCAUGAGACUGCUAAAUUAUUGGAAAAUAAGCCAAGAAAGACUUUAGAAGAAAUGCGCUCUUUAGACCGACAUCAUAUUGUGGAAUGCUAUCAGAUUCCACCCGAAUUACUAACCGAAGAUUUCAUUUCGGAGUAUGAAAAUUAUAAUCAUAUGAAAUGGUUCAGAGCUUAUAGACAAGUGCGAGAUGCUGGUUAA